AUGCCACCAAAUUUAGCCAUUAAAUGUCUUGGGAAUACACCAGGUGAGUGUUCCUAUACUGUUCUGAAUGUUGGCUUUUGAAAAAUACACCCAUUUCCCAUGAACAAUCAGCUGGCUUCAAAACUCAAAAUACAGGUCACCCUAAAAGAUAGUUCAUUCCUAGGCCUGCAGCCAUCCUAUCUUGUUUAUGACAUUUUCUAUAAACCUCUUUAUGAAUUUAAUUUGAAUGGCUGUAACUCAUUCAAUACUUCUCUACUCAACACCAAACUUCAAUCUUGAUGUCUUGUAUUUGAAAAUAUACACUGUGUGACCUGGUCACUGAGCUGUAAACAGAUUUAUCAUGGCAUUAAGUGACACUCUUUAGGUGAAAAAAAAAUUAGCACCCUUUAUACAAAAGCAGUAAAUAUUUAUGCCCUUGCACUAUCCAAGUAUAAGAUCACAUACAAUCAUUUUUUAAAUGAGGUAUGACUCUCAUUUAUUUUUUAAUCUUCUCUCAUUCUAAAGAUGCAAUGGAGUUAUACAUGAAGUUAUAUAUAUAGUCAUUUUCACAGAUUGGAUGUCGGUUACCGAUGUUCUUGCACUUACCGAGACGAAACCCAGAUCACAAGUUAACAGUGAAGCAACUGGUACAGUUUCUGAGGCCUGAAUUUAGUCUUUAA